GCCGGGUCUCGCUCGCCUCCAGCAUCGCCGACGCCUUUCACCGCCGCCAAUAGCCGCCCGAGUCAGUGUGUGUGUGAGUGUGUGUGUUCUUUUCCGCCAGUAUAGUUUCUAUUAAAAGGAAGAGGUGUGUGUGUGUGUGUGUGUGUGCGGGGGGGGGGGGGGGAAACUCCUCCUUACCCCCCGCCCCUCCCACGCCUCCCGACACGGCCGCGACGGUUUCACCUGGCCGCGGGAAAACGACGCAGUCAGUCGAGCUAGCUAACGUCAACCGACGAACCGGGGCGUCCGGUUCGAACCGAACGCGUUGAGUCUCAGGGAAAACAACCCAACGGACGCGGACAUCACGGAGUCGCGUUUCAACUUCCUAGAACUCACGAGCUGACUUUUUUUAAUUAUCUCUUUCCCCGAAACCCGGGCGCCAUGUCUUCCGGGACCGGCCCGAGUCUACCUGAGCGGGGGCUGCUCCUGCUGCUCGCGCUGGUGCUGCUCGGGUGCACCGUGGUCCCGCUGGGGGGGGCGUCCAGCUCUCCGGAGGUCGGCCACCGGGAAUGCUCGGAGGAGCGCGCCGUGCCGGAGGAGCGGCAGAACUACAGCAAAAAGGCUUUCCCGGUGCUCAGCCUCGAGUACCACCACAUACACGUCCCCUUCGAGAUCGCGCUGUGGGUGCUGCUGGCCUCGCUGAUGAAGCUCGGGUUCCACCUGAUUCCUCGCCUCUCCAGCAUUGUGCCCGAGAGCUGCCUGUUGAUCGUGGUGGGUCUGCUCGUGGGGGGGUUCAUCAAACUGGCCGGGGAGAAGGUCCCCCCGGUGCUGGACUCCCAGUCGUUCUUCCUCUGCCUGCUGCCGCCCAUCAUCCUGGAUGCCGGCUACUUCCUGCCCAUCCGCCCCUUCAUGGAGAACCUGGGCACCAUCCUGAUGUUCGCCGUGGUGGGGACCCUGUGGAACGCCUUCUUCGUGGGGGGUCUGCUGUACGCCGUGUGCCAGAUCCAGCCGGCCGACCCGGCCGACCCGUUCAACCCGACCGACCUGCACAUGCUGGGGCUCCUGCCCUGCCUGCUGUUCGCCUCCAUCAUCUCGGCCGUGGAUCCGGUCGCCGUGCUGGCCGUGUUCGAAGAGAUCCACAUCAACGAGCUGCUGCACAUCCUGGUGUUCGGGGAAUCGCUGCUGAACGACGCCGUCACUGUGGUGUUAUACCACCUGUUUGAGGAGUAUUCAGGUGCUGGCACGGUGACGAUAUUGGACGGUGUCCUGGGAGUCAUCUCCUUCCUGGUGGUUGCGUUGGGGGGCGUUCUAGUGGGAGCGAUCUAUGGGUUCCUGGCCGCCUUCACCUCGCGCUUUACCUCCCACGUACGUGUCAUAGAGCCCCUUUUUGUCUUCGUGUACAGCUACAUGGCCUACCUGUCAGCUGAGAUGUUCCACCUCUCUGGCAUCAUGGCGUUAAUCGCUUGUGGAGCGGUGAUGCGGCCCUACGUGGAGGCCAACAUCUCCCACAAGUCCCACACCACCAUCAAGUACUUCCUGAAGAUGUGGAGCAGCGUCAGCGAGACGCUCAUCUUCAUCUUCCUGGGCGUGGCCACGGUGGACGGACCUCACUGCUGGAACUGGAUCUUCGUCACCGUCACCGUCGUCUUGUGCCUGGUGUCGCGGGUCAUAGGUGUGGUUGGUCUGACCUUCGUGAUCAACAAGUUCCGCAUCGUCAAGCUGACGACCAAGGACCAGUUCAUCGUGGCCUACGGCGGCCUGCGAGGCGCCAUCGCCUUCUCCCUCGGCUUCCUGCUUGAGAAGAAGCUCUUUCCCAUGAGAGAGAUGUUCCUCACGGCCAUCAUCACUGUCAUCUUCUUCACGGUCUUCGUUCAGGGCAUGACCAUCAAGCCCCUCGUGGAGCUGCUGGCAGUGAAGAAGAAACAGGAGGCCAAGCGGACGAUUAAUGAGGAAAUCCACACCCAGUUCCUUGAUCACCUACUAACUGGAAUCGAGGACAUUUGUGGACACUAUGGACACCAUCACUGGAAGGACAAACUGAACCGCUUCAACAAGAAGUACGUGAAGAAGUGCCUGAUAGCCGACGAACGCGGCCGGGAGCCCCAGCUCAUCGCCUUCUACCACAAGAUGGAGAUGAAGCAGGCCAUCGAGCUGGUGGAGAGCGGGGGGGGCGUCAAGCCGCCAUCGGCUCUGCCCUCCACAGUUUCCAUGCAGAACAUCCAGCCCAAGAAGCCGGCUGCCGCCAAGCCCGUCCAGAGGGCUCUGCCCCAGCUGCCCAAAGGCCGAGAGGAGGAGAUCAGGACCAUCCUCAGGAGCAACCUGCAGCGGACGCGACAGAGGCUGCGCUCCUACAACAGACACACUCUGGUGGCCGACCCGUACGAGGAGGGCUUCAGUGACUUCAUCAUCAAGAAGCAGAAGAUCAUUGAGCUGGAGAAGAAGAUAAUCCACAUGAACAACUACCUGACGUUGCCCGCUGCUCCGCCCGACUCGCCGACCAUGUGCAGAGCCCGGCUGGCCUCAGGCACAGACACUGAUUUCAAACCCGCACGGCAGCAGAAAGGAGACCAAAGCUCUCCAGACCCACAGACCUACAGCACGAAGCAGGAGCGCGUGCCGACCAUCCAGGUGGACCUGGCCUCCCCCCAGUCCCCCGACUCCGUCAACCUGAUGGACGAGAUCGGAGCGAGCGGCAGCCAGCAGCAGCAGCAGCAGCAGCGGCGGAGGCGGCACGAGGAGGAGGAGGAGGAGGAGGACCGGGGCCUGACCAUGAGGCCGAGGGGGGGGGGCAGAGAGGAGCAGAAGCUGACCAGGUGCCUGAGCGACCCCGGGCCCAACCCCGACGAGGACGAGGACGAGCCCUUCCUGCCCUGAGGGAGCGGACGGU